AUGGCGCCCAACAAGAUAAUCAUCGACACCGACCCCGAGCUCGAGGUUCUCAUGAUAUCGGUCACAUAUGGCAACGUGCCCUUGCAGAGCUGCCUCAAAAACACCGUGACCGUGUUCCACGUCCUCGAAAAGGAACUGGCCUGGAGAAGGUCGACGGGCAGGGCUGAAAAGUACGAGACCAUGAAGAAGUCCAAGCCCAUUGUUGCUGUCGGGCCUGCUCACCCUCUCGAUGUCGAGGAGCUCAAGGCCGACUACUUCCACGGUGCCGAUGGACUGCACAAUGUUCACAGCGUCCACCCCCACCUGUCUCCGGGCGACGAGACGUGGAAGACGCUGUUUGACUCGUCAAGCAACGACCCCGCCGACGUCAGCAGCCCGUCGCCGUACUUUACACCCUCCAAGGUGCCCUCACACAAGGAGAUCCUGCGCAUCCUAAGGGAGAAUCCGGUCGACACGGUCACCCUCGUGGCCGUGGGCCCGCUGACCAACAUGGCCCUCGCCGCCGCCGAGGACCCGGAGACUUUCGUCAAGGCCAAGGAGCUCCUGGUCAUGGGUGGCGCCGUCCACGUCCAGGGAAACUGCACCCCCGUGGCCGAGUUCAACUGCUACGCCGACUCCGUGGCCGCCGCCCGCGUGUACGCGCUGACGUCUUUCGUGCCCGAGGCCACCAUGCCGCCCGCAUCCUCGACCGCAGAGUCGUCCCUGGGUCCCUACCCUGCCAACCUGAGCCGGCAGCUGAAGCUAACCCUGUUCCCCCUGGACAUCACCACCCCGCACUCCAUCAGCAAGGAGUACUUCACCGGCAAGAUUCAGCCCUACAUCGACGCAGGGAGCCCUCUCGCCACGUGGACCUCGCACUUCAUCCAGGGCGCCUUCAAGAAGAUCGAGGACAUCAUCGACCCGGACAUCAAGGACCCCGACCUGUCCCUCUCCCUUCACGACCCCCUGACCGUCUGGUACGCCUUGUCGUCGCCCACCAGCGACGCCUGGAAGGUCCCCGAGACCCCCGAGGACAUCCGCGUCGAGACCACGGGCCAGUGGACGCACGGCAUGCACAUCAUCGAUAAACGCGGUAAGAAGAAGCCUGCCGCCGCCGCCGCCGCCGCCUCCAAGGAUCCCAAGACCGACCCUGCCGUCCUGGCCGUCGACGAUGUUCCCGGCGACGACUACGCCUGGCUCAGCGUGCGUAAAGGUAACCGUAUCAACCGUCUCAUCGCAUCGCCUGGUGCCGAUAUCUUCAAGGAGGUGUGGAUGGAGAAGGUGUUUGGUUAG